GAACUUGACUCUUCUUUUCUUCACCACUAACCUGCACUAAUGGCAAAAGCUAUCAUCUAUUUAUUCCUUGUUCAGAGCUAAACCAUCCAUCUCCAGCUCCCAACUACAACCAGACCUCACAAGGAUCCAUAAUAACCUCAUGGCCAACUCUCUACACCUCCCUCUAUUCCUCCUGCUAUCUGUUCUUGCUGCUCACAAAGCCUCAGCUUCUUCCCACAACCAUGACCAUCAUCUCAGGUCCCUCCACUUCUCUCUCUUCCAACAUGAAACCGUCAACAAGACCGGCUACAUCGUUGUGGACGGCGUGGCCGGCACCGGUAUCAGCCAAACAACCACCCCCUUUGGCACCAUAUUCGUCUUCAGGGACAACAUGACAACAUCCCUGAAUGAUUCCUCCAGAGUGGUGGGCAUCGCAGAAGGGACUUCCAUAACAACGAGCUUCGACGGCCUUCGCAGCUUAUCAUUUGCCAAGAUCACCCUAAAGACCCAUGGCUAUGAAGGGUCAGUCUCCAUCCUAGGAGUUGUGCAUAACACGAAGCCUUCCGACCUCCCGAUCGCCGGCGGCACGGGGGAUUUCAUGUUUGUUCAGGGGUACGUGAGGUCGUCGCCGGUGGACUUGCAAGGCCUGACUGUUGUGUACAAGAUUGAGUUCCAUCUCUACUGGCCUCCAUAUGCCACCGAUGGUCCCAAGUAGUUGCAACUGGUGCCUGAGCUGCAUCAAUAACCAUCCCUACAUGGUUGUAUCUUAAAUUUUCUUAUGCAUCUAAUGUUGAUUUCAGGGCUGAGGUAGUUAAAAUAAGCUCAUGUUUGUGAGGUCAUGAUGGUAUGAAUCGAAGCUCAGUUUGUUCUUUUAUUUAAUUGAUCUA